GUUUGUAUAUAAUACUUCAAAUCAAAAUAUUUAUUAUAAGAGUUAUGAGCCAAGUGUGGCCUAACAGUUAAUAUAAAUUUAUUGCGAUGUAAAGAGACAUCGUUUUGGUUUCAACGAAAUACAAGAGUAAAGGAAAUGAUAUGGAUGAAUUAAGCUAUUCCAUUUACUGUUGAGAUCGUGGUUGCCUAAAUUGGAGAAAGGUUCAAAACUAAAGAGUCUGGUGGUUGUCAUUUACUUUAGGUCAGGGAGAUUCUUUCAACAGGUAUCAAAAAUAGAAAGAAAGCUUUGGUUGCCACAUCAAACAUUGCGACUGCUGUGAAAUGAAGUAGUGAACAUCACUACGUUAUGGGAUGUGCAACGAGCUUUUUCAAAGUCGUAUCUUGUAAAGCAACAAUACCGCUUGACAGACAAAGCACACCUCAAAAUUCAAAUGGUGCCCUGGAGCACGUACGAUCUAGAUCCGACGACAAUCGAUUUCUUUCGAAACAGGUGCAUCUCGAUUCACUGGACAAAUUUGGACUUACUGAUCCCAACGGAAUUUCAAGCAUUUCAAAUGGUUCUCACGAUGGCUUUUAUGAAGACCCUGACUUCCCUGCCCAGCCAUCCUCGCUUUUCUUCAGCCCAAAAAGUAUCUCCGAACUUGAGAGCUACACAUGGAAGCGACCAUAUCAGUUAUCCAAAACACCCCAACUGUAUGUGGACGGGACGAGCCGGAGAGAUGUUCUCCAAGGAAGUUUAGGUGAUUGUUGGCUCUUGUCUACUUGUGCAGCAGUCGCGAAACGAGAAGAUCUAUUGCACCGGGUGAUUUCUCCAACGCAGGUGCUUUUUGGGCCAGAAUACACUGGUCUCAUAAGGUUGAAUAUGUGGCGAUUUGGAAAAUGGCAAACCAUCAUCAUCGACGAUCGCCUCCCCCAACGAAAUGGAAAAUAUUGUUAUUCACGAUGCUUGGAUGAAAAUGAGUUUUGGGUGGCUUUACUAGAAAAGGCCGUUGCCAAAAUGCAUGGCAGCUACGAAGCCAUUGAAGGCGGAAUGCCCAUUGAAGCCAUGGUAGACUUGACCGGGGGUCUAGCUGAGCGAUACGAAUUAAGUGAUUCCACUAUGCAUAGGACACUGUAUAGGUACCUCAGACGAUCUUUUGCGUCACAAGCUUUCAUAACUUGCUCAAGGAAAGGAGAUUGGCGUCAAGCUCACAAGGCUGAUCAGAAUGGAUUGGUUCAAGGACACGCUUACACAAUAACUGGCCUCUUCAGGGUCAAUGAGGGCAAGUGCGGAAAAUGUCAUCUUAUCCGAGUUAGGAAUCCUUGGGGAGAUCAAAACGAAUGGAAAGGUCCCUGGAGCGAUAACGACGCCAAUUGGAAAUUGCUGGAAAACUCAACAAAGCAAUCAAUGGGAUUCCAUAAUAAAGUGGAUGGGGAGUUUUGGAUGGAUUUCUUCUCUGACUUCUGCCAUGAAUUUGAGGAAGUCAGUAUAUGUACCUUAGGUCCAGAUUUCGAUCAUGAUGGGGAAGUUGAUAAAUUGAUUUCAUCAACAACGGUCUUUGGAGAGUGGAUAAAGGGCCAAUCUGCGGGAGGGAGCAGAAAUAAUCUGGAACGGUUUGCCACCAACCCGCAAUUUCGGCUGGACAUUCUUGAAGCAGAAAAGCCGUUGGAGGAAGGCUCAAGAUCAGAAAACUCUCGUUACAGUCAAUUGAUCAUUAGCUUGUCCCAAGAACACCAACGGUGUGUAGAUGACAAAAAAAUGAAAUUGCUGCAAAUUGGUUUUUGUUUGUACGGGGCAAAGGGUUCUUCGUGGUUAAAUUUGCAACAUUUCAAGCAACACAAAGAUCUUGGUACCUCUGGCCCAUAUAUCAAUUACAGAGAGGUCUUUGCCCGGUUUGAGUUACUGCCGGGAAGCUACAUAAUCAUACCUGCAACCUUCGAGAGCAACAUUGAGAGCAAUUUCAUGGUCCGUGUAUUCUCUGGAGCGAAAUUCAGUUUAUCGCGAAUAAAAUGACAA